AUGCGGCUCUCUGCGCGCGUCCCGGCCAUCCUCCUGACCGCCGCCGGCGCCACCUUUCUCGCCUACAAAGCCAAGACGCAGCCUCUCUUUUCGUCCUUUUCGUCCUUUUCGUCGUCCUCCGCUCCCACGUCGUCUCCCCCCAACAUGCCCCGCGCCGCAGUCGUCGCCCUGUCGCACGGCGGCGGGCCCAUGCCCGUGCUCGGCGACCCCAGCCACGCCGACAUCAGCCGGAGCCUGCGCGAGCGCGUGCCGUCGAUCCUGGGCCUCAACAGCACCGAGCGGCGGCCCAAGGCCAUUGUCGUCGUGACGGCCCACUGGUCGGAGCGCGUGCCCCACGUCUCGUCCGGCGCCCGGCCGAAGCUGCUCUACGACUUUGGCGGCUUCCCCGCCGCCGCGUACCGCCUCAAAUACGACGCGCCCGGGUCGCCCGCGGUGGCGCAGCGCGUGGCCGAGCUGCUGGCCCAGGCGGGCGGCUUCGCGCCCGCCCUCGACGACACGCGCGGCUGGGACCACGGCGUGUUCGUGCCGCUGCUGCUCGCGCACCCGGCGGCCGACAUCCCCGUCGUGCAGGUCAGCGUGCUCGCCGGCGAGGACCCGGCGGCGCACUUCCGCAUGGGCCAGGCGCUGGCGCCGCUGCGCGACGAGAACGUCGCCCUCGUCGGCUCCGGCUUCGCCAGCUUCCACAACCUGGGGCUCAUGUUCUCGGGCAUCGCGCGCGACCCCCGGACCGCGGCCCAGCUCAAGGACUGGAACGCCGCCGUCACCGCGGCCGCCACCGAGCCCGACGCGGCCCGCCGCGCGGCCCUGUUCGAGAAGUGGCGCGACUUCCCCAUGGCCUAUGUGACGCACCCGCGCGGCGGCGCCGAGCACUUUUUGCCGCUGAUUGUGUGCGCGGGCGCCGCGGGCAACGAGGCCGGCAAGCUGUUCACAGACGACUUUAUGGGGCUCGACAUUCUGUCCUACUACUGGGAGUAG